AUGAGCUCUGCCGAAGCGGGACCCUCUCAUCUGGAAAAAGGAUCGGAUCAAGCAGGAGCUGUCCACAACGACCUCGAAAAGCUCCUGUGCCAGGGGAUUAUCAAAAGCGACUUGAACAAAUUAAAGAGCGCCGGGCUGCAUACAGUGGAGCAAGUCUCUAUGUGCACUAAGAAGGAUCUAAUCGCGAUAAAAGGGUUCUCCGAGAACAAAGCCAUGGCAAUUCUUCAUCAAGCUCUGAAAAUUGUGCCAAUGGGCUUUCGAACUGCGACGGAUUACCACAAAGCGCGACAAGAAAUGGUCAGAAUCACGACUGGAAGCAAAGAAUUCGACAGAAUGCUCGCGGGCGGCAUCGAAACAGGAAGCAUUACGGAGCUCUUUGGCGAAUUUCGAACUGGCAAGUCGCAGCUGUGCAUGACCCUUGCUGUCACGUGCCAAUUGCCAGUGGAUUUGGGCGGUGGCGAGGGAAAAUGCCUCUACAUCGAUACGGAAGGAACUUUUCGCCCUGAGAGACUGCUUGCCAUUUCAGAGCGAUACGGACUGUCUGGAAAAGACGUGCUCGAUAAUGUCGCCGUGGCACGUGCCUUCAGCACAGAUCAUCAGAUGACUAUGCUCCACACAUGUGCUGCAAUGAUGACUGAAUCACGAUACUCCAUCAUGAUUGUCGACUCAAUUAUGGCCCUCUACAGAUCGGAUUAUUCCGGCAGAGGAGAAUUAGCAGCGCGACAGAUGCACCUUGGCAAGUUUCUACGAGGACUUUUGAAGCUAGCGGAUACUUUCGGCGUCGCUAUUGUCAUCACCAAUCAAGUCACCGCGAAUGUCGACGGAAUGAUGAUGGGCGACAACCAGACUCCCAUCGGAGGAAAUAUUCUCGCGCACGCCUCCUGCACGAGAAUCAAAUUGAAGAAGGGCCGUGGAAAUAACCGCUUCGCUCGUAUUUAUGAUUCACCAUGUCUGCCCGACGAGCAGAUUUCAUUUUCAAUUUCCCCUGGAGGAAUCACGGAUGCCGAGGAGAAUGAAUAA